AUGGGCGGCGACGAGGCCCUCGCGCCCUUGACCGAGGCACAGGCCGCCGAUCUCGACCGCGUCGUCGCCGAACUCCGCGUCGUCCUCCCGGAUCCCACCGCGCGCGACAUCCACGACUACAUCGAGGAGAACAUGGCCGCGUCGAUGGGCGAGUGGGCCACCGCCAAUCGCGUCAAGAAGGUCAACACGCGCAUGAACAAGGCUGCGAGGGCGAAGGCUGGCGUCGACCGCGACAUGCUCGAACCCGACGAGACGGACGGUCCGGUCGUCCUCGAGGAGCUCGGGACGUGGCCGGACGACACCAGCCUGGAGGAGCACCUCGCGGAGGACGAGGACACGUGCAUCUUCUCCCCGGACGAGCAUCGCGCCCCGGUCGAGGGCGAGGACGUCGCGGGGGGACCGUCCACGGCGCUAGCCUACCGCCGCAGCCUCGUCGCGUGCGGCGGGUUCUGGGACGGCAAGCUCAAGGUCUGGCGGCUGCACGACGCGGACGACGGCGCCGGCGCGGGCGCGGGAGGCGAUCCCGACGAGCUGCUCGUGCUGUGCCGCGCGGUUCGAUGGUGGCAAUCCGAGAAGGGGGGCGACGACGACGGCGAGAUCCGGGCCGUGUUCGAGGUGGACUUUCGCCGCGGCAACCCGCGAACGGGCGCGCACAAGCGCCUGGUGAGCGCGCUCAUCGCGAAACACGAGGAGGCCGGGUCGCACGCGUGCACGAAAGAGGUCCGCGACGUGUGGUGCGCGCACCUCCUUCGGAACAGGUACUGGGACGAAAAAUACGGCGGCGGCGGCGGCGACGGCGACGGGAGCAAGGAGACGAUGCUGUCGUCGUACGUCGUCACGCCCGCGCCGGAGUGGUUCAGACGGGAGGAGGCGUGA